UGAUAUCUGACCUCUAAAUGUCUACUGGGGAGCAGAAGCCUGCGUCUCAAAACGGCACACCAUCUGUGGCAACAAAUGAUAAAAAGAAGCAAGCAAAACUUUGUGCCGGUCGUGAGACCUACGAAAGAAUGAACUUUCUGUACCAGGCCGCAACGUUGAUGUCAACCUCUAACCCACAACUUGCUGCGUACUAUGGCAAAUUGACCAAAUCGGUCGGCAAGAAAGCGGUACUGCGAAUGGAACCAGCAAUCAAGCGUACGCUUUGUGUGCGCUGCGGUGUCCACUUGAAUCCAGGCUUUACGGCGGAUAUUUACGAUUAUCGACAUAAGAAACUGUGCUACCUGCAAGUUGACUGUAAGCUGUGUGGGUUUUCGAAGCGAUUUUAUAACCACAAAAACCAUCAACUGUGGUUGGACAAUCCACAAUCGAUUGUUGAACGAGUAGAGUUUUCGUAGGCCAGCGUAGUUGCGUUACUUUCGCACGUUUUAUCUGUGAAAUGUUGUGAUAUUAGGGAACAAGCGAGCAAUGUUUACAAAAAUAAAUGAUUCAUUUAUUGACUCACUACAUAGGUUUUGUAAUAAUUUACACGAACAGUGUUACACUUUAUACAAUCAAACGUUACAUUAGCGUAGCUUAUUUGAGACAUAUAAAGUAUGGCACUUCUAGCUCUGAUCGGCCAGGUUCCCUCGCUCCUAUCAGUUGAAAUCGUGUCUG